AUGCCAGAGAUUGUAAAAGCUGCUCUAUGUGGUCCUGCUGCAGCUGAAAUCCAGCACCACAAAUUAAUCUUGCAGCCGUUCCUGCACCCCAAUCGAGCUCAAUUGGUGCUCACAAUCUCAAAUGGGAUGCCUGCCUCAGCGUCAGCUCAGACUCCUGGCAUUAGGCCACAGAGUGUUCCAUCUGUGGGUAUGGCCUCAAGUUACUUUCCAUCUCAACGGAUUCAGUUUAUGAGAUCAGCUCUACCGAUUCCUCCAGUAUCUGACCCUUGGCCACCUCAGGCACUGCUCCUGUGGCAGUCCCUCGACCACCUCCGAUAA